AUGGCAACUAACGUAUCUGCGUUUUAUUAUUUUGUGCAAAGAUUAUCUGAUCUGCUCUCAUCUGCAUUUGCAACAGCUUUCUUUUUUACGCUAGGAAACGUAGUUAUAUCUUUAAGCUUUGAAGCGGCUAAGUUGAUAAUAAUCAACAAUAACGUUGAUGAAAUCAUCAGAAUUCUCGCUGGUAAUUUAGCGCAAUUGCUGCAUAUAUAUUAUUUGAGUUCAACGUCCCAAAGAUUGCUUGAUCAUAGUAGCGAACUUCAAGAAGUGUUUUACAGCUGCGAUUGGUAUAAGAUUUCAAUAAGAUCCAGACAACUUUUGAAAUUCACAUUAAUGCGUACUACUAAACCGUGCCAAAUAGAUGCUGGUAAAGUAUUCGUAAUGUCAAUGGAGAACUUUAGCUCGAUUUUGAAAGUAACCGUAUCAUAUUUCACAAUGAUUACAUCAAUACAAUGAGAUCGUAAUUACGAAUGGGGAAUUCUUGAACACCGUUAUUGCUCUUAGCCUAAUUGUUUAAUGUAAUAAAUUCAUUUCUAAUCCAUCAAUAAACCACAAUUCUUAGAAACUUUAAUUUAUUGUUUAUGUUAAUUUUUUAAA